CUGUGAAAUCCACUGCCUCUUUUUUCCUCCUCCUUCUCCUCCUCCUCCUCUUCGUCGACCAGAUUAGCUCCAACAGCCUGCUUGGAGAGAGAAAGAGAGAGAGAGGGAGAGGAUAGGAAGGACCUAUGACCACCGCGGAGAGGAGCCCACGCUGCUGUCACCACGCCGGCUCUAAUAAAUGGCCACGGUCAUUCCAAAGCCAGAUUACGGCAGAUUAAAGAGGGCACGGUGGCUCGCGUAAACUUUCCGCGUGUUUCCGCGGAGCGGCUAGCUGCGCUUUGGCCGUUGCGGCGCGGACGAAUCAUGAUGCUGCAUCUUUGAUGGGACCCCGAGUGGAGGCUCUCUGCUAUCCUGCGAGGUUUUGCCCGUGUCCUACCAUGCCACAAUGCUUAUAAUUCAACUCGUGGUGUUGCUCAGCGUGUUGUUGUUCGGUGGCGCGCGGGGCUCGACGGGCUCGAGGGCGCAGCCGUGUGCCGGGAGGCAACCGUGUGACCCGCGACACCGGCGCGACGCUGGAGGACGCGGUGGCGUUUACGAACACCUCGGAGGCGCGCCGCGGCACAGGAAACUCUACUGCGCUACUAAAUAUCAUCUACAGAUACACCCGAACGGGAAAGUAGACGGAUCAUUGGAAGAGGACAAUCCUCUGAGUAUAUUAGAGAUCACAGCAGUGGAUGUUGGAGUGGUAGCCAUCAAGGGCCUGUUCUCUGGAAGAUAUUUAGCCAUGAAUGAGAAAGGUCGCCUAUAUGCUUCGGAAGUCUUUAACAAGGAGUGUGAAUUUCUGGAGCGCAUUCAUGAGUUAGGCUACAAUACUUACGCUUCACGGCACCACUCCACGACUCAGCACUCAGGAUCCACUGGACGGGGCAACAAGCAUCGGGCUUUUGUCAAGAAGCAGUGGUACGUGUCUAUUAAUGGAAAAGGUCGGCCCAGGAGGGGCUUUAAGACGAAGAGCACGGACAAAGCUUCCCUCUUCCUGCCCCGUGUUUUGGGCAACAAGGACCAUGAGAUGGUCUCACGUCUCCUGGACAGCAGACAAGAUGAGACGAGCCAUCAAAGAUCCCGCAUGGGUCGUGCCGAACGAAGGAGUCGAAGGCACAAGGAGCCCAAACGCCACGGCAGAAGGGGUAACAGGCGCAAUUCUGGCCACAAAAAAGAGACUUCAGACUGAAAGUUGGAAUAGACAAUUUCAAGCAGGACCUUUCAUGGCUAUAUGCUAUCAUUUUAAAUAUAAAGAUCUUUUCCUUAUAUUAAGAGAAGCAUUUUCUCCUUUAUAUUUUAUUUCUAAAAAAACAAACCCAACAACUUGCAUUUGAUAUGUAAGGACAGUCCAAAUGCAUUUAUAUGACCAAAACUGAAUACUGCUGGAUGUUUUCAGACAUGUGCAUUGGGAGUUGUGUAUUGUAGAAAGAUGUAUAGUCACUUUCAACAUUUUUUUCCAUUCUUAAGCAAAUAAUUUUUUAAAAGAUAAAAUUAGGGAAAUUUGGAUAAAAGUGCCGAAGAGGUGUUAUAUUGUUGGACUAAAAGACUGUAUAGAUAAGGUGUCCAGAAAAGCACUUUUUAUCACAUUAACCUGUGUAGUAGGUGACAAAGGUACAUGCGAAACAGAGGGAUUUUUACAAAAUGUACAUGUGAUAGUCUACUGUCCUUAAACUGCAAUGAGAAGUACUUUGUAUAUUACUAAUGUUAUGCAUAUUUAUUUUGUCCAUGUGUUAAGUUAAGUUCAAUAAUAACCUAAUCAUUGUCAUUACCUUUAGAAGAAAAUCAUGUUGUUUUGUGCUCACUUGAGCAGAAGAGUGAACAUGGUUUCUCUGGGUUGCUAUCCAAAAAUACUUUUCAUUUGUCUACAACUGAGAAGUUAAUAUAUCAUUGGUCACUUGUAAAGUUGUGAAUGAUUUUUUUUAAAUGUAUCGAACACUGUAAUAUGUGGCAGCGUAUAGUAAAGAUGUGCUGUUCAACACUGAAAGCUAAACAUGUGGAGGAAUGUCACCAAUAAAUUAUAUGGAAAUAUAGAUACAUAUACAUGUUGCAUUUAAGGUUUCUAAUUAAAAAAAAUCUAUCCCUUGCAAAGAACAUGCAAUUUGUACAGCUAGAACUAAACAGAAACCUUAGAUUUUUAAUGUUUUAAUAUUUAAUCUUAAACUGAAUGUUUAUAGUCUACUAAUGUAUUUAUUUCUGAAUGAUGCUAUAGAUUUUGCUUCUUGAAAACAAUCAAACUUACAUAUAACAUAUCAUUGAUUCUCAGCCAUAUUUAUCAUAAUGAAUAACGCAUUUAGUUUUCGGGUAAGCUGUUAAUUCCUACACAGCUCACCUGUAAAAGUGAUCAAAUGGGUACAGACGUAUCUAAACAGGCUCUCUAAAAGGGACUCUCUCUUGGGAUGGCCUCCUUUCUACUCAUUCUGCAGUAAGAAACUUCAUCUGCAAGAAUUUCUUUUUAAAAAGGGGAUAAAAUUGUCUGUACAACUUUAUAACCUGCAAUGCAGAUUGUACCAUUUGAUUGAUUAAACGUGGUAAACGUGGGUUGAAGAGGCUCAAGAGGUUUGCAGCUUUUGAAAUCUAUACGAGAAAAGUGAAAUGUUACCCUAUACUUUUGAAAGCUUUCUGGUGGUUGACAAUGGCUUAUCUCAGGGGGAACCUGGGAAGCUGUGCUGUCUGAGACAUUCUUUUGCCGUUUUUCAAAACAGCUAAAGCUGGCAAUGUGGAAAACAAGGCAAAUCUCUAGAGAAUGUGAAAAUUGUUCCAUAGAAAUGGUUACACUUUGUUAUAGUUUGAUGGGAAUGCUAAAAUCUAAUGUUACCUAAAAGGCAUGCAGGAAAAUGCGUGGACAAAAACUCUUGAUCUCUGAUACAUGUAAUUUUUUUUAAAAUAAGCAGCUACACCUUUGCCUUUGCAAAUAA